UCUCAGCACGUAGUGGUCGGCCGAGAGCCUCGUCGAAGAGGGCGCUGCCGCCAUCCCGUUCCCGGCGACCGCCGCCGCCGCAGGCCAGUAGUCGUUGAGCAGCAUCUUGAUGCCGUCCACCAGUUGCAUUGCACCCACGAGCGGCGCCUGCUGCUGCACGGCUAUCAGCUCGGCGUCGCUGAACACCUUGCGGCAAGCGGCCGUUGACCUCGACGCCGCCACCGCCGCCGCCGCCGCCGCACGUGCUCUCUCUGCAGUCUGCGCUGCGUCAGCUCUCGCCGCGCGUCGGCUCUCCGGCAUCGACCCUGCCAAAUCCUUCCUUCUGCUCGCUCCCCAAGCCUUAGGCUGAAAUCUGCUAUAACUUUGGAGGUACUAAAACGAGUCUGAGAUGGGUGUGAUUAGUACGGUGCUUGGUUUCUCUGGGUUUGGCUUUGGAUUCUCCGCUGGUAUUGUCAUCGGAUACUACUUCUUCAUCUACUUCCAGCCAACUGAUGUCAAGGACGUCAAAGUUCGCCCACUUGUCGAAUAUGACUCAAUAUCGUUGGACGGUAUCCUUCCUGAAAUUCCUUUGUGGGUCAAGAAUCCUGACUAUGAUAGAAUUGAUUGGCUGAAUAGAUUUUUGGAGAUGAUGUGGCCUUACCUCAACAAGGCGAUCUGCAGAACUGCACUGGAUAUUGCAAAGCCAAUCAUUGAAGAGAACAGGAAGACGUAUAAACUAGAAUCUAUUGAGUUUGAAUCACUUACAUUGGGUAGCUUACCACCCACCUUUCAAGGAAUGAAAGUGUAUGUCACAGAAGAACAAGAAUUGAUAAUGGAACCAUCUCUUAAGUGGGCUGCAAAUCCCAAUGUCACUGUUGUUGUAAAGGCUUAUGGGUUGAAAGCAACUGUCCAGAUUGUGGAUCUGCAAGUCUUUGCUUCACCUCGUAUUACUCUGAAGCCAUUGGUCCCUACAUUUCCUUGCUUCGCAAAAAUCCUUGUUUCUCUCAUGGAGAAGCCACACGUUGACUUCGGGCUGAAACUUUUCGGAGCAGAUUUAAUGGCUAUCCCUGGUCUUUACAGAUUUGUUCAGGAGACCAUAAAAAAGCAAGUUGCGAGCAUGUAUUUGUGGCCAAAGACAUUGGAAGUUCCCAUAAUGGAUCCCUCAAAAGCUUCUAAGAAGCCUGUUGGAAUUCUACUUGUGAAAGUUUUAAGAGCUCAAAACCUGCGAAAGAAGGAUCUGUUGGGUAAAUCGGACCCAUAUGUGAAACUUAAGAUGUCAGAUGACAAGCUUCCGUCCAAGAAAACAACAGUGAAGCGUAGCAAUCUCAAUCCAGAGUGGAAUGAGGAUUUCAAAUUUGUUGUGACAGACCCUGAAACUCAGGCACUGGAAAUUAAUGUCUUUGAUUGGGAACAGGUUGGCAAGCAUGAGAAAAUGGGCAUGAACAACAUUCUGUUGAAAGAACUUCCCGCAGAUGAGACUAAAGUCAUGACUGUUAACUUGCUUAAGACGAUGGAUCCUAAUGAUGUACAAAAUGAGAAGUCCCGUGGUCAGCUUACUCUGGAGGUGACAUAUAAGCCUUUCAAGGAAGAGGAUAUGGAGAAAGAAGGCAUCGAUAAUGCUGAUGUGGUGGAGAAAGCUCCUGAUGGUACUCCAGCUGGUGGAGGACUGCUUUAUGUUGUUGUUCAUGAAGCUCAAGAUCUUGAAGGAAAGCAUCACACAAACCCAUAUGCAAAGAUAAUUUUCAAAGGAGAAGAGAAGAAAACAAAGGUAAUCAAGAAAAACAGGGAUCCACGGUGGGAGGACGAAUUCGAGUUUGUAUGCGAGGAACCCCCUGUAAAUGAUAAACUGCAUAUUGAAGUUCUAAGUAAAGCUUCAAAGAAAGGAUUGAUACACGGCAAGGAAACCUUAGGCUACAUUGAUAUAAGCCUCGCAGAUGUGAUCAGCAACAAGCGGAUCAAUGAGAAGUACCACCUCAUUGAUUCCAAAAAUGGUCAGAUUCAGAUAGAGAUGCAGUGGAGAACUUCAUAGCAACCGUGAUGAAGUAGGUGAAAUGCUUGAACUUCGUGAGAUACAGGAUGAUACAUAUGAAUGUUGUUGCUACAAACAGAGUUUGGCCAAUACCUGUGAUUGAGUUCUGUAGAUAUUUACUUCUUUGUGUCCAGGCAUCUGUUUUACCUUGUUGAGAUAUUUUGUUAUUUUUUCAAAAUUGUGUUGAGAACAACGUAGAAGCAACCAUGCUAUUGGCAUCGGAAGUGGAAUUAGAUGUGAGAUGUAAUGACCCAUUAUCCUUCAAUGCAGAUAAACAUAGAAUUCUGGCAGA